AGAGGGCAGGACAGACCGGGGGUCUCCCUGGGAGCCUCCAGGGGACGAGGAUGUUCCGGGAGUGCCGCGCUCUGGGGGCUCUGGGCCGCCCAUGAAUGAGGGGGUGAACUGCUUUCUUGGGCAAACGGCCCCAGGCAAAGAACAGUGUGACUUCGAGAAAGAAGUCGGGGAACACGGGUCUCCUGCACAGCCUCGAGUGACCUGAAGUCACAGAACCCUGGGACCACCUGGGCGAGACCAGCCACAAAGGUGUUUGCAGCUGUGUUCGGGGGCUGACUGGCCAGGGAGCCACCCUGGAGAGCUUUGGACAUCAUAACAGUGAAACGAGAAUGGAGGCUGAGGAUUACAACGCCUCCUACGAGGACUACCCCGAUGACCUGGACCCCAUCGUGGUUUUGGAGGAGUUAUCUCCCCUGGAAGGCAGAGUGGUCAGGAUCUUCCUGGUGGUGAUCUACAGCAUUAUCUGUCUCCUCGGGAUCCUGGGCAACGGCUUGGUGAUCAUCAUCAUCACCUGCAAGAUGAAGAGGACGGUGAACACCAUCUGGUUCCUCAACCUGGCCGUGGCCGACUUCCUGUUCAACAUCUUCCUCCCCAUCCACAUCGCCUACGCCGCCCUGGACUACCACUGGGUGUUUGGGACGGCUAUGUGCAAGAUCAGCAACUUCCUGCUCAUCCACAACAUGUUCACCAGCGUCUUCCUGCUGACCGUCAUCAGCUUCGACCGCUGCGUCUCCGUGCUCCUCCCCGUCUGGUCCCAGAACCACCGCAGCGUCCGGCUCGCUUACACGGCCUGCCUGGUCAUCUGGGUCCUGGCUUUCUUCCUGAGUUCCCCGUCCCUCGUCUUCCGGGACACGGCCCACGUGCACGGGAAGAUAUCCUGCUUUAACAACUUCAGCCUGUCGGCCGCCGGCUCCGCCCCGUGGCCCGCUCACCCCCAGGUGGACCCGGUGGGCUCCGGCCGGCACAUGGUGGUGACCAUCACCCGCUUCCUCUGUGGCUUCCUGGUGCCGGGUCUCAUCACCACCGCCUGCUACUUCACCAUCGUCUACAAGCUGCAGCGCAGCCGCCUGGCCAAGACCAAGAAGCCCUUCAAGAUCAUCCUGACCAUCAUCAUCACCUUCUUCCUCUGCUGGUGCCCCUACCACACGUUCUACCUCCUGGAGCUCCGUCGCGGCUCCGUGCCUCCCUCCGUCUUCAGCCUGGGCGUGCCCCUGGCCACCGCCAUCGCCAUCGCCAACAGCUGCAUGAACCCCAUCCUGUACGUCUUCAUGGGUCAGGACUUCAAGAAGUUCAGGGUGGCGCUCUUCUCCCGUCUGGUCAAUGCGCUGAGUGAGGACACAGGCCACUCCUCCUACCCCAGCCACAGGAGCUUUACCAAGAUGUCAUCCAUGAACGAGAGGGAGACCGGCAUGCUCUGAGCCUCGCCUGGAGACCCCCCAGUGGAUGCUCCCAACCUUGGAGGCUCAAAGCUACGCCUUCUGGACACCACAACAAGAACCUCUUGGGCAACCCACAAAUGCCCACUAUUUUCCGUGGGGCUGAGCAGUCUUUUUGAGCUGGGAAUCCAGGGUUUGGAAGGCCUUUCCUCCAGGGGCGUGGUGGACACAGCACGCUGCGGUACUUAGGCUUGGACCAGUAUCCUCUGCAUCUUCGGAGACUUGCCUUGACCAACGCAAAGCAAAAAAAAGGGAGAAUUUUCUAAAGCACUGGCAUGAACUGGGAUGCGCAUAAGACAGAGGGAUUCAGUUACCUACCCGAGCACUUUCCCAGAAUGACACAGACAGUUUGCAAGGUCUGUUCCUGGUAUGAGGAGAGGAGGUCAGAGCAAAGCCAGUGUGAUGUAGGUCACGCUUUCGCCACAGAGCCCUAUAUUGAUGGCUGGCCAGAAAUCCUGCUCUUAAUACAUUCUUCGGGUCUAGGGCAUGUUGGAAUGCACAGACCUCCUCCAGGUCACCUGGGAAGAGAAGGUGACACAAGAACACAGAAACUCCUGCGGCCACGCGUUUGACUUUUAGAUCAUCUGGAAAGAGAGACCACAGGUCCUGAGGGGACCAUGGGGCUUUUUAAUGGGUUCAAGAGAAGCAGGGCUACAGUGAAGACUUGGGUCUUGUGCGGGAAGGAAUGGAGAAAGAAAAGACCUUUCAGAAGCUGUGUGAGAGGAAACAGCUCACUCUAGGACCCUCCAGGGUAAUGUUGCUUCAGGCCGUAGCUGUGUUGGGGGGGGGGGGUCACGCUGCCAGCCCCUUGCCCCGAGCCCUGUCCUCACUUUGCAUUUGUUUCCCUGGGGCUGGUUUGAGGUGGGCAGCCCCCUACUCACUCCAUCACAGCAACUCCUCCCUCUUUCCUGACCCACUGACUCUGGCUGGAGAUG